AGUUACGCGUCUUCCCGGGGCGGGAAUAUCUGCUUAGCAGGUUUUCAUAAACUUGUUUUAAGUUUGGUUAAGGUGGUUAUUGUGAGAUGAUAAUAAUUUCUGAAACCUCUAGGAGUCUUUUCUACCUAUGUAUCUCUUCUCAUCAGAAGAUAUAGCUAACUCCUGUCAAUUCAAUUCUUGAACUAUUCUGUCGUCAGAAAGAUAAAUCUCAGUCAGUUAUUUGAAUGUAAAUUCUCAGAAACUUUCAAGCGGUAUUACAGUUGGCUUCGUGCUGCUGUUUAUUCUGCGGUGUACUCUGAUUACGACUCUAUUACAGCAUGGCAAUGGAGUGCAUCAAGAACUGCUGCAAGACCUUCCUAGGCAAGGACGCUGAGAUAGAACAACAAGUGAUUACAAUGAAGAUGCCCCCUGCCAGAGCUAUCUCAGGCGGCCCCAGGAAGGGUGUAGGUGUAUCAGAGGACUAUCUUCUCUCUAAACUCCCCCCGGGUGGGAAAGAGAUCCCAUUUGUCCUCCCCACGUUCAAACCUUCCUACAUCCAACCACGAGGAUCACGUUACCUCGGCUACCAGACUCCAGGGCUACACAGUUCAGCCAGGAGCACCUAUGCAGAGAGGAAGGCGGAGCUGUCAGGGGCCAGUCACAUAGUCUAUAACCCCGACUCCUCCCCCAACAUGUCUCCCGGAACAACACGACACAGCAAUCUGAAAAAGAGUCCCCGGGGCUCAGAAUCAGGUGGGAAUGUGACGACUGGGAAUCUGUUUGACUUGUCCAACUCCAACCUUCCCAGCCACAUACAGCGUUACGACAGUGUGUCCAGUGUCCAGAGCAGUAGUGCAUCGUCCUCCCAGAGGGACUCCCUGGAGAACAGCCGUAGCCUUGAGUCCAUCACGUUGUCUGGAGAUGAGAGAGACUUGGGGAAGGUGUGUGUCCGGCUGAGUUACCAGGAGGCCCUGGAGCAGGUGUGGAUCACGUUGGUACAGUGUAAGGAUGUGUCCCUCGCACAGAACAGCAGUGAGCAGCAGCAGAUUAGCUUUAAAGGCAUCAUCACUAUGAGCAAACCAGUACAGUUCAAGAGCUCCGUCAAGGAAGGUUCUCCGGACACAGUCUUCAUGGAGACCUUUGUGUUUACGUUGCGGCUGCAGCAGCUGCGUUGCAGUGCUCUGGUAUUCCGUCUGCAGACCCACCACCCCAGGAAGAGAACGGUGGCAGAGUGUGUCCUCUCCCUCAGACAGCUGGGCCCUGAGGAGACACAGCACUGGAUGGAGCUCAGCCCCCCCUCCAAGACCACUGUGUGUCACGCUGAGCUGCACCUGGCCACCUGUUUCCAGCCUGUUAACGGACGCAUCCAACUGCAGGUCCUCGCUGCCCAGAACCUCCCUGCUCCACUCAGGCAGGCGUUCUUUGUGAAGAUAGAGAUGCAGCUGUUGGGCAGGGUGGUGAUGAAGAAGAAGACUCACGUCUUGAAGUCCUCCGGAGGUCAGCUGACCUGGACUGAGUCUUUCUACUUCCCCUUGGCUCUGGACCAGAGCUUCCUGCUGUCAGUCAAACUGUACAGCCGCCGCUCUGUCAGACGAAAACACUUCCUGGGGCAGGUUCACCUUGGCUUCGACAGCCCGACGCAGGAAGCAGCAGAGCAGUGGAGGGAUAGCAUGUCUCACCCCGAGAAGGUGGUGGCUGUAUGGCACAGACUCAACGGGUCCUGAAACGCCUGUAGAAACUCACACUGCCUGUAGAAACUCACACAGCCUAUAGAAACUCACGCAGCCUGUAGAAACUCACACAGCCUGUAGAAACUCACACAGCCUGUAGAAACUCACACAGCCUAUAGAAACUCACACAGCCUAUAGAAACUCACACAGCCUAUAGAAACUCACACAGCCUAUAGAAACUCACACAGCCUAUAGAAACUCACACAGCCUGUAGAAACUCACCACAGCCUAUAGAAACUCACACAGCCUAUAGAAACUCACACAGCCUGUAGAAACUCACACAGCCUAUAGAAACUCACACAGCCUG